UGAAAACUGUUGCUUUAGGUAUUAUUAUAGAUGGAAUUUUUAUGGUGCCUUUUGCUUGCAUUAAUUUUUAUAUUUCAGGAAUUUUUAUUUUGAUGGAAUUUGAAAAGAAAAACUUCCUGCUAUUAUAGAUAUGAACAGGACACAUUCUUCAAAAAAGAACAACUGUGUAAUAUCGGGAGCUGAUUUAUGUAAAUUUUAUAAUAGACCAAUAGAGAUUACUUCAAAGGUUGGUGACAUUGUUGAAGAAGAGAAAGAAAUCAGUUUUGUUCGUUGUGAUACUGACAUAUCUGUUGUGGAUAAAUUUAUAUCAAAGGGUACACAAACAGAUUAUAGAGAAAAUGAGACUCAAACAGAUCCUUGGGAUCCACCUUCCAAAAUAACUAAAAUUCGAGAAGAACCUGAAGUCUUGUCCAUACAAAAUUUAACUUUUGGUAGUGGCCUUCCUGCAAGCCUUUUGGAAGUAAAUUAUAUCUCAGAAUUAAGGAAAAAUAGAAAAUUGAAAGCAGAAGCAGAAUCUUCAGAAGAUGAUGAAGCAUUCAAAAGGAAGAAACAGAUAACUUGUAGUCAAGUUAGAAAUGACUGGAAUUAUAAAAUUUCUAUUUUAAAUGAGAAGCAGUAUGAGAAAUACAAUGCAUUGAAGUCCUCUUUAAUUGAUGAAAUGAAAAGACAUUCAGACAGAAAGGAAAAAUUUCUCACUACUUUGUGGAAUCACAAAAUGGCUGAAAUGAACAAGCAAAAUUGCAAAUUACAACAGAAGUUGAGGAAAGAAAUAAAUGUUUUAGAAUCUGGCAUUUUGAGCAAAGAAUCUGAUAUUUUGGGAACUGGUGAUAUUCAUGAGAGAUUUUCGGUCAAAUCUACUAAAGCCAAAGCCACAAUCAGCAAAGGAACAGAGUAUAUGCUUUCGAAUUAUUACUUAACUGAUCCUGCUGGUUUAUCUUCUGUAAAAAGUUGGCUUGACACAAAGACAGAUGGUUUGAAAACUGAAAUACCAUUAUCAAAAGUUUUUAAGAGAUCACAGAAAGAACGGCUUGCAGAACAGGCAUAUUUAAACAUCCUAGAGAAAAAGCGUAGCAAAUUGCCACCGAAAAUUUAUCGCGAAGAUUAUGUGAAGGAAGAACUUCCAGCACCCACUGUUAAAGCUGAAGAUGUGAUAGAAUUUUUUGAUUUUGAAGAGAAAAAAGUGGAUUUGGUCACAGUUUGGCAGAAAGCAUUACGUGGUUUAGCACGUCAGAAACAAAUGCUAGAGUUGAUAGAAUGCCAUAAAGAGAGCCUUUCUACUGUUUUAUCGCCACUUUAUCCGGGAAUCGCUGAAUCAUGAAAUGAAUUAUCAAAGUAACCAAAUAAUGAUUUUAUUAAAAAGUUUGUAUUUUUUGAACUCUAAUUCAGGAAGGAUGUUUAUUUUUUUGAAAAUUUUAUGCUGAGCUUACAUUUCUUGUCAUCAUGUUAGAUUUCAUAUCAAAAUUGUUAGUAUUAUAUUUUUACUUAUUUUGUUUCAUUGUUAAUAUUCAUAUUCUCAAUUUUAUUUCCUUUUUUUUUAUGUGUUUAUUUAUUAUACUAUAUAAAAAUAGAGCAUGUUGCUCUUUUUUGUAUAUUUG